AUGGCAGCUUAUACUGAAGAAGGUGCAGCCAAAAAAUUGCAGAAAAGCUACUUUGAUGUGUUGGGUCUUUGCUGUACAUCAGAGGUUCCUUUGAUUGAAAAGAUUUUAAGACCUCUUGAUGGUGUCAAAGAGAUUACCAUCAUAGUCCCCUCCAGAACAGUCAUUGUUGUUCAUGAUACUCUCCUCCUUUCUCAGGUUCAAAUUGUUAAGGCAUUGAACCAAGCGAGAUUGGAAGCAAAUGUUAGAGCAUAUGGAAGUGGAAAUUAUCAGAAGAAAUGGCCAAGUCCAUUUGCAGUUGCUUGUGGUGUUUUGCUUUUGGUAUCGUUUUUAAAAUUCGUUUAUCGCCCAUUUCAAUGGGUGGCUCUUGGGGCUGUUGCUGUUGGUAUAUUUCCCAUGGUUUUGAAAGCCAUAGCUGCCAUACGCAACUUCACACUCGAUAUCAACAUUCUUAUGCUAAUUGCAGUUGCGGGAUCAAUUGUUCUACAUGAUUAUUGGGAGGCUGCUACCAUUGUCUUUCUCUUUACAACAGCAGAAUGGCUCGAGUCAAGGGCUACUCACAAGGCCACUGCUGUCAUGUCAUCGUUGGUGAACAUAGUUCCUCAAAGAGCAGUAUUAGCUGAAACUGGAGAAGAAGUUGAUGUUGCUGAAGUCAAGGUGGACACAAUUCUAGCUAUUAAGGCAGGUGACAUUAUACCCAUAGAUGGUAUUGUUGUAGAAGGGACAUGUGAAGUUGAUGAGAAAACUUUAACGGGCGAAUCAUUCCCGGUGGCCAAACAAAAGGAAUCCACUGUUUGGGCUGGCACAAUCAAUUUAAAUGGUUAUGUUAGUGUUAAAACCACAGCACAAGCUGAAGAGUGUGUGGUGGCUAGGAUGGCAAAGCUUGUAGAAGAUGCUCAAAACAAUAAAUCUAAGACUCAAAGAUACAUAGACAAAUGCGCCAAGUUCUAUACACCAGCCAUUAUGGCUAUAUCAGCUUCUUUGGCAGUUGUUCCCGCGGCACUAAAACUUCACAACCGCAAUGAAUGGUAUCACUUAGCCCUGGUUGUUCUAGUAAGUGCAUGUCCAUGUGCACUUAUUCUCUCUACACCGGUUGCCACAUUUUGUGCACUUUCAAAGGCAGCAACAUCAGGUCUUCUGAUCAAAGGAGCAGAGUAUCUUGAAACUUUGGCUAAGAUAAAGAUCAUGGCUUUCGACAAAACUGGGACAAUAACUAAAGGAGAAUUCAUAGUGGCAGAUUUUCAAUCUCUCUUGGACAAUGUUGACAUGAACACAUUGCUUUACUGGGUUGCAAGCAUUGAGAGCAAAUCAAGUCAUCCAAUGGCGGCUGCACUUAUUGACCAUGGACAUUCACUUUCUGUUGAGCCAAAGCCUGACAGAGUCGAGGAAUUUCAAAAUUUUCCUGGAGAAGGCAUUUAUGGGAAAAUUGAUGGGAAUGAUAUCUAUGUUGGGAACAGAAAAAUUGCCAUGAGAGCAGGAUGUGCAACAGUUCCAAUCUUAGAAGGUGGUGCUACAGAAGGAAAGUCUGUUGGAUACAUAUUCUUGAAUUCUCUUCCUGCUGGAAUUUUCAGUCUCUCUGAUGUUUGUCGAACUGGGGUCCAAGAGGCGAUUAAAGAAUUGAAAACAAUGGGCAUUAAAACAGCUAUGCUUACAGGAGAUUGUCAUGCAGCAGCUAAGCAUGCACAAGAUCAGUUAGGGAAUGCUUUAGAUGUAGUGCAUGCAGAACUUCUACCAGAGGACAAGGCAAGGAUCAUCAAAGAAUUUCAGAAGGAGGCACCUACAGCCAUGAUUGGUGAUGGCGUGAAUGAUGCCCCUGCAUUAGCUACAGCUGACAUUGGCAUCUCAAUGGGGAUUUCAGGCUCGGCCCUUGCAACUGAGACAGGGCAAGUGAUUCUCAUGUCAAAUGACAUUCAGAAGAUACCAAAGGCAGCCCGACUUGCAAGAAGAACCCGCCAAAAAGUGAUUGAGAAUAUGAUUUUGUCAGUUACUACUAAGGUUGCCAUACUGGCAUUGGCCAUUGCAGGGCACCCCAUAGUUUGGGCAGCAGUUCUGGCUGAUGUUGGGACAUGCUUGCUAGUGAUCUUAAACAGCAUGCUACUUUUACGAGGAACACCACAAUAUCCAAAAAAAUGCUGCAAAUCCUCUGUUGUGCUGCAUGACCACAAACAUGGAUGCAAAACUGAUGGUGACCACCGCUCCCACACCAAACAACAUUGUUGUUCUGGUAUUGAAGCUCAAAAGAAGUAUGAGCCUCAAAGCUGCUCUUCCAAGAUGUGUGCAUCAAGGUGUGAUUCUGUCCUUUCCAGUUCAAGAUCACUCGUGAAUGAUAAGAGCUCAGACAUAGUGAACAAGCAUGGUCAUUGUUCACAUAAUAAUCAGCUACAAGUGGCAAAACAUGGGGAUCAUGGAAAAUGUGACAUGAUCACUAAGGAUAUAGAAUUAGGCAGUGUACACAACCAUGGUUGCUCAGGCCAUUCGAGCUGUUGUGGGGAGGAUGAAGACGUAAUAAAAGUUGAAAAUCAUGGUGGUUGUGUAGCAGGUGAUAUGAUCCAUGAGGCAAAACAUUGCAAGCACAAGGACCAUAGCAUGAUCAAUCACAACAUGGCAACGCAGAGUGUGCACAGCCACUUGGAUUGUUCAAUCAGUUCUUCCAAACUAGACCAGGACUUGCCUAUCAAUAAGCAUAGCCACAAGAACAUUUGCAUGAAAAACUGCUUAGAAAACCACAUUGGCGACGAAGCAUUAAGCAGCAUGAUCAAAUGUUGUAGCAAGAAUUGCCCACCAAAUGGGGAGGAUCAUUCUGAGAGCAACAAGCAUGCUACAGAAGGUGGUAAGCUUCACAAAAACUUGUGUUCGGCUUCUAACCAUGUGGAAUGUACAACUGUUAAGGCUUGUAUGAGUUUGGAGAAUAGACAAUUUGGUGCAUGUUGUGAGAGCUUCAGGAAGGGGUGUUGUGACAAGAAUGGACAUUUUGGUGCUAGUUUCAAAGGAGGUUUGUCAGAAAUUAUCAUCGAAUAGGUUUACUUAAAAGGAUAUUCAACUUCUUUUCCCUGUAAUUCGUUUGGGAAAUUUUGUU